UGCCGUAGUUAUACCACAGGGCACAGAUUAUUCUUCUCGUAUUAUUAUACAACUCUUUGGUAUUCUUAUAUAUUUUUACUUACUCUGUGAAUGCUGCAACAAACUUCUUAGUUGAUAAUAUAAAAUAUAACUUAAAUUUUUGGGAGGGAUUAAGUGUUAUCUCUAUCUACGAAUUGCAUUUUUUGUUCGAUUCAUACCUACUGUAAUGUUUUGUUGAGGUAUCCAUCAAAUUACAAACAUGAAUCAUUCAUUUUGUCCCUUUAUGUUAUAGUUCAUUCAGUUUUAUUUUAAAUUGUACCAUGGACUUCUCAAGAAGGAAUAAUACAGAAGAACAAAGAUGUAUACUUGGGCUGCAAGAUUUAAAAAUUACAAACAAAGACGAAAAUGAUACUGAGCAAGCGCACAAUGCAACGACAUCUAACUUAUCUACCCAGACCAAAUCGAGACCUGUGGGCGCAAUUGAGAGUUUCACUUUGGGUAAUAAUCCAAAUAAUAGACAAGAUUAUAGUUUCUAUGAACGCUCAAAUGUUAUAGCGGCCUCGAAAUACGCUACUCCAAAGAGGGUGGAAACUAUUGCUUCGAUUAACAAACGCGAUAUCAAUGCGACUGCUCUGCCACCAAGCCCUACGCGUUCAAUAGAUUCCAUAUCGCAAAGGUCUAUAAGCUAUCAGACCGAAGAUUUGUAUGAAAUACCGGGUAACACAAACACAUCAUAUCCACCACCUGUAUACGAAAAUAUAGAUUAUUACGGCGAACAACAAUUACCUCAACCUCCAUUCUAUCACCAAUUGUAUCAACAAGGGCCUCCACUUGCGCCUGAAGGAUAUUACGAUACCCGUUAUAGCAAGGCUCAACCACAGGUUCCUGUAAACGCAAAGCCAAAACCAAUUGUUUAUGAGAACAUGCUUUGUUCUGAUAAUGAAAAAAAAGUUGAAUACAAAGCACAAUCUAAUCAUAAUCAACAGCACUUCAUACAACAAAGCUCUUCUAUCCCUGGGCCGCAAGUUCCAAAUACUAGUUUAAAUAAAAAUAUAACCCAUUUGUCAAGUGAUAAAACUAAACUAGAUAAGGUUCCACCACCACCACCACCAUACAAUACAGCCCAGGACACUUGCAGUAGUGAUUAUACUAUUAUGAAAUCUGCUCCUCCAAAGUACACUGAUGUCAGUGCCAUCUUAAAAAAUGAUAAUGCAGUAAGUUUUGAUGAUAAAGUUGUCAGUAUUCCCUCAACUGCGAUAUAUGCUUCGAUAGCACCAAGUGCCCAACGACCAAAGGCUAAUAUUGCUACAGAGGUUCAAGUAGCUGUUCCAGCACCUAAAUUCUUCCAUCCUAAGCCACCAUUGGGUAAUGGACUUGGUAAAAUAAAACAGACAGCGACAAAUGGUGGGUAUAGUAAUAACUUAAAAAUGCCAUCAGGAAGAAUGCAGAUAGUUGAUGAUACAAAUGGGUCAGACUAUGUGUGUAUGACAGGAGGAACACCAGCUGCUGCUGUGGCAGCUGCUAGUAGAGACAAUGUAUCUCUGGGUUCAGAAUCAGUGGGAUCUAGAAAUUUAACUUCAACUAGGACAUCUCUAUGUUCUCCGGCUCAAUCGCCUGCGCCUAGUCCUACACCAAGCUCGGUAUCACAAGUGUCUGGUGGAUCGCGAGGUUCAGGAGGACGAGGGAAGAGUUUGCUGCCUUACAGUAUAACACCCCCACGCCCACCUGGUCCUAGUGAGGCUCAAAGAAAAAUAGAAGAAAUGACUAGACAAUUAGAGGAGGAAAUGGAAAGACAAGAUGAAGAGGGAGAGUACUUUGGUAUAUGCCAUACAUGUGGUGCAGGUGUCACAGGUGCAGGGCAAGCCUGCCAAGCUAUGGGCAACUUAUACCAUACCAAUUGCUUUAUCUGUUGUUCUUGUGGCCGAGCUCUGAGGGGAAAAGCUUUCUACAAUGUACAUGGAAAAGUGUACUGUGAGGAAGACUACUUGUAUUCUGGCUUUCAACAAACUGCAGAAAAAUGUGCAAUAUGUGGUCAUCUUAUAAUGGAAAUGAUUUUGCAAGCUAUGGGAAAAUCGUACCAUCCUGGAUGUUUCCGUUGCUGUAUUUGUAAUGAAUGUCUUGAUGGAGUACCCUUCACAGUUGAUGUUGACAAUAAGAUUUAUUGUGUCAAUGACUAUCAUCGCAUGUUUGCGCCUAAAUGUGCCAGUUGUGGAAAAGGUAUCACACCAGUAGAGGGCACAGACGAAACAGUGCGUGUGGUGUCAAUGGAUCGUGACUUCCAUGUGGAUUGUUAUAUGUGUUGUGUUUGCGGCAUGCAGCUUACUGACGAACCUGACAAAAGAUGCUAUCCCUUAGCUGGUAAACUAAUGUGUCGCGCGUGCCACUUGGCUACCAUUGGUGCAGCCACUGGACCAGGCAUGCCACCGGCCCCACACCUUUCACCAGCUUCUUAUCAAUACAUGGGCUAAAUAAAGUAUUAAAAAUUUUAUGCUUAAUA